UGGCGGGAGUAGUGGGCCGUCUGCGGUCUCCGGGAUCGCGCUGUCCCUGAGGCUGGGAAGGUGUUUUUCUUUCUUUCUCUCUGUCCUCUCCUACGUUGGGUGUGCUCUUCGCUCAGCGGUCCCUUUCUUUCUCUCCUGAGUCUUCCUCUCCGAUCCAUCCUCCAAACCCGGUUUUCGCGGGGACGCGCCCUCGGGGAGGGACGGAAACUGGGCCGCAACCUUCUCGGACCAGCUCCCAGCCCUGCGGGGCCCCUCGUCCGACUCCGUGCGCCGCCUCUGCUGCCCUUUGCUUUCUCGGGACUCAGCACCCGCUGACAUUCUCCAUUGGCUUCUCUCUCAUUUCGUCUCCUCUGUAGGCAUGGAAGCUCCUUGGCGCCAGGUGGCCGGUGGCCGAGGCCGAGCCCGGGGACGGGCGGCCGUGGCCCCCGCCGCAGGAAAUGGAGUCCAGCUCCGCGGGGCCGGCGGAGGACGAGAGAAAGCAGCGGCGGGCGCUGCGGGAUCGGUCCCCAGCCCGGGAGGAGCCGGGACCGCAGCAGCUGCAGAGCUAACAUCUCAUAGAAAAUUUGAAGAAAUCAAGAAAGCUAAUCAAGCAGCAGCCAAAAAACUUGUUGAAGAACAUUUUAGCUCUUCAUCUGAAGAAGAAGGAGAUGAAGAUUUUGAAGGAAAACAAGGAAAAAUAGUUGCUAAUACAUUUACAACUUAUACUACUCAGACAGAUGGAGAUAUACGUGAGUUAGAACGAACAAAGCAAUAUCUAAAUGAAGCUUUUCAAGCAGGAGCUAUGACGUGCUUAAUUUGUAUUGCUUCAGUAAAGAGAAACCAAGCAGUUUGGAGCUGUUCAGGAUGUUUCUGUAUAUUUCACAUGCCCUGCAUCCAGAAGUGGGCUAAAGAUAGCCAGUUUUUAGUAUCUUCUUUGACAGAUGAUGAUUUUGGAAAGAAAGAUUAUCCCUGGCCUUGUCCCAAGUGUAGGUUCGAGUAUAAGCAGUCUGACACACCCACCAGGUACUAUUGCUACUGUGGAAAAGUGGAAGAUCCCCCUCUAGACCCAUGGCUCGUGCCUCAUUCAUGUGGCCAAGUAUGUGAGAGAGAAUUUAAACCUCCUUGUGGCCAUAAAUGUUUACUCCUUUGUCAUCCAGGUCCAUGUCCUCCUUGUCCAAAGAUGGUCACAACUUCUUGUUACUGUAAGAAAGCAAAACCUAUUCCUCGGAGGUGCAGUGCCAAGGAAUGGUCAUGUCAGCUGCCAUGUGGGCGGAAGUUGCUAUGUGGACAACAUAAAUGUGAAAAUCCUUGUCAUGCAGGAAGUUGUCAGCCCUGUCCCAGAGUCAGCAGGCAGAAAUGUGUCUGUGGCAAACAAAUAGCUGAAAGAAGCUGUGCAAGUCCAGUAUGGCAUUGUGAGCAAGUUUGUGGAAGAACACUGCCAUGUGGUAACCAUACAUGUGAACAAGUUUGCCAUGUUGGUGCUUGUGGAGAAUGUCCUCGAUCUGGGAAAAGGUUCUGUCCUUGUCAGAAGUCAAAGUUUUCUUUGCCUUGUACAGAAGAUGUACCAACUUGUGGCGACAGUUGUGACAAAUUACUUGAAUGUGGAAUCCAUAGAUGUUCACAGCGCUGUCACCGAGGUCCUUGUGAAACAUGUAGACAAGAAGUGGAAAAACAGUGUCGCUGUGGAAAGCAUACAAAACGAAUGCCAUGCCAUAAAUCUUACCUGUGUGAAACUAAAUGUAUUAAGAUGCGUGACUGUCAGAAACAUCAGUGUAGAAGAAAGUGUUGCCCUGGAAACUGCCCAGCUUGUGAUCAAAACUGUGGACGAACUUUAGGAUGUAGAAAUCAUAAAUGUCCAUCUGUUUGCCACAGAGGCAGUUGCUAUCCUUGCCCAGAAACUGUAGAUGUGAAGUGCAAUUGUGGUAGUACAAAGGUUACUGUGCCCUGUGGCCGAGAACGAACCACCAGACCACCCAAGUGCAAAGAGCAGUGCAGUCGACCGCCAACUUGCCAUCAUACAAGUCAAGAAAAACAUCGCUGUCACUUUGGUGCUUGUCCUCCAUGUCAUCAACCUUGCCAAAAAGUUUUGGAGAAAUGUGGUCACUUGUGUCCUGCUCCGUGUCAUGAUCAAGCAUUAAUAAAGCAAACUGGCAGGCACCAGCCUACAGGUCCUUGGGAACAGCCUUCUGAGCCUGCAUUUAUUCAGACUGCUUUACCUUGUCCUCCAUGUCAAGUCCCUAUUCCUAUGGAGUGUCUUGGAAAGCAUGAGGUGAGCCCUCUGCCAUGCCAUUCUGUAGGACCUUAUUCUUGUAAGAGGGUUUGUGGACGAACCUUAAAUUGUCAGAAUCAUAAAUGUAUGAAAGAAUGCCACAAAGUAACGGAAAUUGAUUUCUCCAGUGACAAAAACAAGGCUGGCCUAGAGUGCCUUCAGUGUGAAGAAGGGUGCUCUAAACCACGACCACCGGGUUGUCCUCACCCAUGUGUUCUGCCAUGUCACCCUGGAGAAUGUCCUCCUUGUGUCCAGAUGCUCAGGAUAAAAUGCCACUGCAAGAUCACAAGCCUAUAUGUAGAAUGCAGAAAAAUAACCACAGCUGAUGUAAAUGAAAAGAACCUUCUCAGUUGCUGCAAAAAUCAGUGUCCUAAGGAGCUUCCUUGUGGUCAUAGAUGCAAAGAGAUGUGCCACCCUGGUGAAUGUCCCUUUAAUUGCAACCAGAAAGUAAAACUUAGAUGUCCUUGUAAAAGGAUAAAAAAGGAACUGCAGUGCAACAAAGUACGUGAAAAUCAGAUUUCAAUAGAAUGUGACACAGCAUGCAAAGAAAUGAAGCGGAAAGCAUCUGAGAUAAAAGAAGCAGAAGCUAGAGCUGCUCUUGAAGAGGAAAAAAGAAGACAGCAGGCUGAACUGGAGGCUUUUGAAAACAGACUGAAGGGACGUCGGAAGAAGAACAGGAAGAGAGAUGAAGUGAUAGUUGAACUAACUCUUUGGCAAAAAUAUAAAUAUCACUUCCUUCCAAUGUGUGCAGUCAUGGUUGUAGUGUUCGCAUGGUGCAUAGUCCGCAAAGUGGAAUAAAAUUAUCUGGUGUUAAAAAAAAUUUCUGCUAUUAAUGUACCUCAGACUUGAUUUAGAUAGUUGUUAAAUUUGAAGUACUGGAAAGUAUGUAUUAUAGUACAUAGUAUAUAUUCACAUUCAUCUCUGUAUUCUCUUCUAGUUGUUGUUAACAAUACUGUUAAAUUUUAUCUUAAGUAGCACAUUAAAAAUGGCAAUAUGACACUGUUUAGUAAAGACAUGACUGGAAUUAUAAAGUAUUCCAUAAUGCAUAUCUAGUGACAAGAUAAGCUGUUAUUUGUUCAUUGUGCUCCCUUGUAUUAACAUAAUUGUUUUAUAUACUAUUUUAGAUCAGCUUUUAAAAAAACAAAUUAAGGUGAAACUGAGCCAUAUGUGCAGUGAGGGGUAUAUUUCACAAUGUUUUGUUACUUAAUGUAAGGAAAUUUACUUGAUCAUGUAACUUUGUACUUUAAAAAAUUCUUUAAUAAAAACUUAGAUUCCACUA